CCAAGUAUCUACGACAGUUGUUUAAAUGAAGAGCUCACAGGAAACCGUCAAAAGCCGUGAGCAGGUUACCAAUUGACUGAGUAUACCUCUGGAAGGCCUAUUACCAUAUAAAUCACAAACUAGACCAAGAGGUUCCCACAACAAUUUUUCUUUGAUCAAUCAUGUAUUCCACAAUAUCUAUGGCGGCCUACAGGCAGGCCUAUGCAGCGGCAGGAAAUGGCAUGGCUCAACAGCAGAGCCCACUUCUAUUCCCACUGCCUGCGGAUCCUUACUCUGCAUAUCUCUUACUUGAGGACGACGAAGAUGAUGAAAAUGGUGACUCUGCUUCUACCUCAUGCUGUUGGGGAUGCUGCCCAAAUUACCUGCGAGAAUUGCCAUUUCCCCAAGAUAGAUGCUUAACAGUCGAGUACACUACACAUAACAGGGAAAACAGUCAAACAAAACACGAUAGAGUGUAUUUUAUUCCUGUUUUGGGGCAACCCAUCUCCUCCCAUUGCUACUAUUGCGUGCGAGCUGAAGGCAAGCGCAAGGGACUAGUGGAAACAUGCUCUACUGAAGAAGACAUGUCGACACUUUGCUUUUGUAGAUGUGUGAACGACAUUCGUCCUAGACCUCUACAACCCACCAACUCAUAUCAACAUAUGCAGAUAAUCUCCAAGAGAAAGUCAAGAUUCACAGCAAAGUGUAUAGCUUCUGAUGGUUUCCCUCCUCUGUUUUUGCGUAGGGACGGUUGGAGUGUAGUAGCCAAAGACAUACGUGGCAAACAUGGCAGACUUCCACAUGUUGGAGGGGAAAAUACUGAUCUCAGAGGACGAUCUCCCUCAUUUGAUUUCUCUUUGUUACAGAAAACUUCCCCUGUUGUUCUAGUUGGGGAGUGGUACUGCCCCUUUAUCUUUAUCAAUGAAUUGGGUACCAGAUUGGAGGAUCCUAAGAUUCAGCUCAUGGAGUGUCCUUUCUAUAAGAUGGAUCUCGAAAAGUUCUGGGAAGAGAUGUACUCUACUCAAGGUAUGACAGAAAAAUAUGUUGAUGUGGAGAAAACCUUAAGAGUAGAAGAAGGGCUAUUGUUUGGAGAAGAGGUAACUGAGGAAAUUACAGAUGAUGAUGGCAGUGUUUUGUUUAAAGGUUUGGGGAGGCAAUCGGGAGAGGCAACAGGUGUGAAACUUAGCUGGCCCAUUAUUGCCAAAAUGAGGGCAGAUCAACACAGGUAUGGAUUAGAACAAGCAGGAAGAGAUGUAAGAGUGAAGAAAUCAUUUAGUGGCAGUGGGAUGGAAAGAAAAUUCGCCUGUUAUGUCGUAGUGGAAAGAUAUGUUCUGAAAAGAAUUGAUGGGAGCAUUGCCAUUUCUUAUUCAUUCAGACAUUCAAACCAAAUUCAAGGGAAGUGGGAAGUAUGAGGGGCAAAACGUAAGUGUUAUAAUGUUUUCUAUUUUGUCAGAUAUAUGCUAUUUUUACACAAGAAGGAACUAUGCCGUAAGUGUUAUAAUGUUUUCUAUUUUGUCAGAUAUAUGCUAUUUUUACACACCAAGGAACUAUGCCGUAAGUGUUAUAAUGUUUUCUAUUUUGUCAGAUAUAUGCUAUGCCAUUUCAUUAAUCUUACAAAAGGCAUUUAUGGGAGGCUUCUUCCUUAAAGGGAAGAGCAUAUCUAAAUCAUGACUGCCAGUCUUUUCAUUGAAGGUGUAUUGAAUUGGUUUCGUUUAUACACCUAAAUUUGUCUUGUAUAAAUAAUGUUAUUUCCUGUUUUAUGAAUAAUGUGGUUUAUCUUUUCUUGGGGAUCAAUUAUGUAUAUACUAUAUGGUAAUUAGUCCAUAGGCUUUUUCUAAGUGCACUUACCAGUACACAAAACCCCAAUAAGCCUGUUUCACGCCUUCAAAUGAAUUGCCGGCUGUCGCGAAACAUUGAAACAAUGCUAUAAAACCUUUGUUUAACCUCUUAAAAAAAUUAGCCAUAAAUGCAGUUGUAAUGCUCGGUUCAGAAAAUUAAAGAAAUCAACGCAUUCAACAAUGUCUGGCUGUUGCUUUCAGCCAUCCUCAAAAUCUACCACAAUAUUCCAUCUUAGGGAAAUGAAUGUCACAACAUUCUAUUUUUAAUGCUCCACUCAGAAAAAUAGGGAAAUGAAUGCAUUCAAGAAUGUAUGCCUCGCUAUUGCUUUUAGCCGCUCUUAACUACCACCCAAACUUUCCAUUAAUACUGUAGACUGAAUUGUUCAAUCCACCGACGCCCAAAGAAAAUUCCUGAUAACUCACUAGCCAAACAACAAGUAUUUCCAUUAAAUCUAUCUUCUGUUCUACUGAGUUGCAAUAAUUUUUGGAAAGUCCUUUAACCACCGCCCAAGCUUUCCAUAAAUACUGUAGACUGAAUUGUUCAAUCCACCAGCGCCCAAAGAAAACUCCUGAUAUCUCAUGAACCAAACAACAGAUAUUUCCAUUAAAUCCACCUUUUGUUCUAUUGAGUUGUAAUAAAUUUUGGAAAUCGAAAGCCAUAGAGUCUUUAUUGCAUCUUGCUUGGAAAAACUACAGUAAUUUUGCUUUGGUUUAAAUGAUGCGAUGACUUGUGUUUGUAACUUUGUAUAGAUUUGAAACCCCAAAUAUACUCAUGCUAUGGAUAUAUCUUUGUAUUAGAUGUUGAGUGAAGCACACCAAUGCGGUUUGCAUACAGUAGCCUCUAUCUACCUUCUGAAUCAUAUAAUAUGGAUAGAGAAAUUGUUUCCUCUGAGAAAUCAUAACAGCAAUUGAAUCUUAAUGAUGGAUGUGCCAGUGAUUAUAUAUAUCCUUCUUGUUUUAAGAAAAUGCGAUUUGGGGAGAAGGAUCCUUCCAUUGUUCAAUCAGAGAGCUUUGGAUCAAUUUUGUAAACCACUCCGAUUCUAUUCUGGUCCUUGUUUGUUUAAGUGUCGAUUUGCCUCUUACUGUUCUGUAGCUGUUUUGCUAUUGUAUAACUGUUUGUUGAUCUGCUGGACUUAUUGUUUCAUCUUGCUCUUUGUACAAGAGAUCUUUCAUCUUCCUCUUUGUACAAGAGAUCGGAACUUUUUCAAAAUCCCUGCCUAUCUAAUAAAAAGCAAUAAUAAAAGCCAAAUAUUUGUUGCUCCUAACAAUAGCUAAAUAACUGGUAUAUACAUCUCCCAGGGAAUCGCUGAUGACCUCCUGUAAAAGUCUCUUGUCAAAAAUGGCACGCCUGUUGGUUCAAGCUUCAGAUAAUAUCUAUGAUACCCAUUUAGUUCUGCAUCCUCUGAAAUUGUCCAAACUCAUAUCAUAUGUAAAUGAUAUAUGACACACUGAAAUUAUCAAAAUAAAUAAACAGAAUGGAGACAAAUCCUGCAUCACAAGAGCAAUCUUUUUCAUUAAUCUUAAUCUGUAUAACUAACGACUAACGAGUAAAAGCUAAACUAACUCAUUCAACAACAUUGUUUAAGGCAAUUUCAUACCAAUUCAUUGUGCAAAAUAACCUGUUACAUACACAACCAAGCCCCAAAAAACACUUUUAAGCUCAAUGCUACGUUCAAGAAAAAAACAUUCUAGUGUAGUUGCAUAUUUCGCAGCAACUAGAAAUAACAUUACAAACAGAUUUGCAACAAACCCAUGCAUAUAAACCAUCGUUCUCAUAUAGAACACAUAAAAAACUACCAAAUGAUGAAUAUGUAUAAAUAUCCUAACUUCAUCAUCAUAUUUCUCAUAAUACAGCCUACUAUUUAGCUGCCUAUUUAUACAUUCACCAUUACACACUCAAACAUAUAAUGCCCCCAACUGAUUGACAAAUACUAUGAAAUAUGUCUAAUAAUUUACUACUAAUUCCUGAUUAUGGGGAUCAAAAUGAACUCGUUAGGAGACCUCAUAUGCCCUGUAGGAAUAAGUCAUUGAUAACAUAGACCAUAGGCCAGAUCAAGAGUAAGUGGUGACCACGACAGAGACAUUAUCAUUAAGUAUGACAACAUGAUCCUUGGGAUUUUUAAAGCAAUGCAGCCAAAGCCAAAAAAUAAUCAUAUUGGUCCUCACAAGAUUGAAAUUUUGAGGCAUUCACAGCACAGCAAAGGAGACAAGCUCCAAGCCAUAACAAUAGCAUCUUGCUACUCUAAUUAGUGCUAUUAAAACCAUCUUAGGCGAAAGCAGGAGUAAGUGAUGAUCACAACAAGUAUGAUGCCAUUAUCUUUGGGAUUCUCCAAGCAGUGCAGCCAAAGCCAAGAGAAUCAAAUUGGGCCUCACAAGACUAAAAUUUUGAGGCAUUGAGAUCACAACAAUGGAGACAAGCUCCAAGCCAUAACAUCAACAAUUAGCAUCUUGCUACUCUAGUUAGUACCAUCAAAUCUAAUCAGGGGGCUAGUUAAAAAGGAAAUGAUCCAAAUUGUAGAUUUCUAGCAAAAGGUAGACACUUCGAUUCCUCUUUGGUCCUCCUGAAUUUGAUCACACGUGACAAGUUGGAGAAUGGCUGGCCUUCACCACCAAAAACUCAUUAAAUACCUUGUUGACAAAAAAAAAAGACAUUGUAAAUACAUGCAUCAUAACAUUGCUAAUAUUCCAGUUUUCUGAAUUUAUUAUUCUUAAGGGAUUAAAUUUUCCAGUUCAGUGUUUAGGAACUACCAUGCCUCAAAUUGUGUCUUGUUUUGCUGUGCAGUAUAUCCUAUCUUCAAAAUCUGUUAUAACAGGCAUAAUCAGUUCCUAUAAUCAAUUUCUGUACAGAGUUGAGCACAAAAUGAAUGAGAAUGUAUGUUAUCAAACCAAUUAAAGCUCCAUUAUCAUCGACAACAUAUGCUCCAUUUCUUUUAUCCAUCAUGCAUAAGGAUGAGAUGGUUCUUUGUUCUUCUGCAUCCCAAUUGAGAAGGUUACAAACAUAAAUGCUCCCUCCAACUAUUAUAAGUAGCUAGUAUCACUCACUUCUCUCCACUUUGGCUCAUGACAUUAAGUUCAAGAGCGUCAUGCAUUCAAGGAAUUUUGUUUAUUGCAUUUCCUGAAAAACAAUUGAUUAACUUAAUGAUGUUCAGUUACCCUGUUUGAUUGAAUUUAAAGCUUCAAUCAGCAUUUAUUUUGUGAACAAUUUGAACAUGAACGGAAAUGGCAAACGAAAAUUGAGACAGGUUUAAGUGGGUCAACGCUUAAAUGUGUCGUUUAAACCUAGCCCCUUUCCCCACACACUCUUAAAAUAUAUCCAAUAUAGAGAUAUAUUAGUUGAAUCUCUGAAAAUAAUUUAAAAGAAUAAAUAGCAAGCGGAUGGAAAUUCUUUGGGAAUCCAGCAUUUGAAAAAAAGCCACAAUUACAAGUCAAAAUGUCUUUUUUGAUUGUGAAUCGGAUAGAUAAAAUCAAAUGGAUUGCUGUAAUUGGAAGUCUAAGCGUCUUAUUGAUCUAAAAUAUCAUAGAUGAAAAAAGAACAGCUCACAGAUAAACGUUGAUCGCUGUCUUGUGACAUCCUCACACUUUCCAAGUUUCUACGUUACUUAUUUUAAUGAAGAGCAGCUCACAGGGAAUGGUCAAUAACGUGAACUGGAUGCUAAUUGACUGGUAUAAAUCUGGAAGGCCUAUUACCAUUUAAAUCACACUAUACCAAUCAUUUUCAUCUGAUCAGUCAUGUAUUCCACAAUAUGUAUGGCGGUCUACAGGCAGCUAUAUACAACUGCAAGAAAUGGCAAAGCUCAACAGCAGAGCCCACUCCUAUUCCCACCGCCUGCGGAUCCUUACUCUGCCUAUCUCUUACUUGAAGAAGAUGAAGAUGAUGAGAAUGAUAACUCUGCAUCUGU